AGCGGAGAAUAUGGAGGCUGUCUUCGAGGACCACGACGGCGACAGCCUUUACCACGCCAGGGUGCCCGUAGCAGCCGGCGAGAGUUUCUACACGGUGAGCCAACUGCCCCAGAGCGCACCCAAAUACCACGCCGCUGACAACAACCAGGCCGACAGCUCCACCACGAGAGUGGUGUCCCUGAAGCAGGUGGCGGAGGAGACGACGGCGACGCCGCUCAUCGUUAGCGCUCGGGCCUCAAUUGAGACCUUUGCGACCGGCGACACGCUUGACUUGAGCGCAGAUGGAAGCUCGAGCUGGAACGAAGACAUGGUCAGUAGUCGCGCCAUUCCGCGACGGACAUGUGGUAACAGAGGUGCAGAACUCCCCACGCGGAGUCUUGCCUUCACGAGCCGCCCAUGACGAGAGGUCCGUCGACGAGAGUCUCGCCCCUCUGCCAACCAGCGAUCGUUUCCCAGAUGUGCGCAUAGCUCUGCAACCUGGUGCAGGC